AGUUGGAAAAACGAGCGAAAAUCGUGAGAUGUUAUGUUUACGAGUAUGUUUUAAGUCGUAAAACCGCUUAUCGUAGAAAUAAAAGAGUGAAUUAUAAUCAACAGUGACAUAAUCAUAGAUUACAACAACUAAAAGCCAUAUUUUUACCAGUGAGAUGUGUUAACUUCAGCAUAAUGCCUCCUAGGACUCGGGCAAUUAGAGCGCCAAAAGCGUCUAAAGAGAAUGUAGACAAUCUGGUCAAAGCGAAGGCGAAAAACACAGGACAAGCCACAAAACCAGCACGUAAACCUUUAGCGGACAAAACAAAUUCAGCCUCAGAUGAAAAUAGUAGUCCAGAGCCCAUCAAAAAGGUUAUUAAGAAGUCGAACAAACCAAUACAAAAACCUAGUUCAACAGUGCCUUUGCAAGUAGCAAAUAAUAAACCAGCAGUCUCAACAGUGCCUGUCGCUAAGGAAGAAAAUAGGCCACGUCGAAAUAGGCGUCUGCCGCCUCGAUAUGUUGAAAACGAAGUAUUGAACAGUCUGUCUAACAAUAAAGAAAAUGCAGUAUCUCCUGCCAAGGCACUUAACAAAACCCCUGUUAAAAGCACUGUGAAUGUGGAAUCACCAUUCAAAACUCCAACUACAGUGCUAGAUAAUAGUCUUCUUGCAAACAGACCGAAGAGAGUCAGCAGGUUACCUUCUAAAUUUGAUGAAAAUUCAAGUCCAAACAAGUUUGUUCCGACUCAUUGCUAUACUAGCACACCAUUGGUGUCUAAACCACAUGAAAAUACUAAAGAUGUCCGAAAAGCGGUUGUUGGUAAACAGAAACAGGUCCAACAAGAAAAAAAUAAAAAUGUACCAUCACAAAUAACACCUCAAAGAGUUUCACCAAGAAAAGGUACAGUUCAGAAUGUAGCACCACAAAAUAUUUCAUCAGAAAAAUCUACCUCACAGAAAAGAUCUCAAAAACAAACACCCAAGAAAGACACACCACAAAAUACUAAGGUCCCUCAGAAAAAUCUGGUUCAAAGGAAAUUAACUGAAGUUGUGAAAAAUAACACUAAUUCUAAAUUAAAUAACAAACAAGACAGGGUAAGACGGUUAAGAAAACAAGUAGAAUAUAAAGAGGAUACCCUAAGCCCUAAAGUACGGAGUACUGAAGAGAAAUCAACAAACACUGAAGACUGGAACAUUUUAAAAGCAAAUUCUUCAUUUAGAGUUUUUGAAGAGAAAAAAUCGAAAAAUGGUGAUCAAGACAUUUACGAAUUUACAUUUGAUCCAACUGAAGAACCAGCACCUCAAAAGAAGAAAAAGAAGAGAGUUGUUACUAAAAAAACAACUCAACCGAGAAAAAGAUUUUUUAAUAAUAAUUAUGAAAAGAACAUUGCAAGGGCUUUGGCAGACUUAAAAAAUGUAGUGAAACAAAAACCAGACAGUCAAAAGGUCACAAAUGGCCCAAAUAUUGUGCAAUCAGGCAACAAUAUUGUGCAACCGGGCAAAAAUUCUGUGCAACCGAACAACAAUGUUGUUCAGCAAGCUAGUAAUGAAACAGCAGUCUCCGCUCCUAAUCCAUAUUCAAUACUGAUAAGCACAGUUGCAGAGAUACACCCUGAUCCAGCCCAAAACACUUCCAUAAGAAGCAAUACUUCUACGAAACAUGUUUCAUACAGAGUUGAAGAUAUUGCUGCAGACUUUGAUGCUUCCAUGGAUCAUGAAAUUAACUAUUCUCCAGUGAAUUCACCUCAUAGAAUUGAGCCUGAACAGGAAACUUGUCCAACAAAUCCUGAAUACAUAAGACCUGACGAUCCUCUGAAUUUACAUAACAAUUUAAGCUUCUUUGAUGACCAACCAGUCGCUAACAGUAGUGUGAAUACUCCGAAGAACCCAACUGCAACACCGUGGCGUGCAGAGUUCGAAAGUCUUCCCAUUAAAUGGCAAGCUGACACAUAUGUCAAACCAGACAUGACACCAGCUUUAGAAUGCUCUUUCGUCAACCAUUUUGAUGAUAGCAAGAAGAAACAUGUUUACACAAACAUGAUUACAGAAUCUGAUGAUCUUUUACCAGAAAUAGAAGAUGAAGCUCCUAAGCUGAAGCAAACAAGUAUAAUUUCAUUUAUCAAAGAAGUUGUUGAAAAAAAAUCUAAUAGGAAAAAGAGGGGCGUCUCAGCCACCCCAACAAAGGCCAAUUCUUUGUUUGAUGUGUCUAAUGUAACAUCAAGAAGUGUAGUCACGCCAAGAAAAGAUACAUCUGGAGCUUCAAAUAACAGUGCAGAGAAUGAAGUUAGUGAUAGCAAUAAACCACAGAAGCGUAAAAAUAAUGUUGAUAAUAAUCCAACUCCAGCAAAACUACCUCGUAAAGAUAAUGAAAAUACACUUUUCGGUUUUGACGACAGUGAGAAUCAGGAGAAUGUUUCACCAGUAAAAGUUACCAAUAAUAGACUACGAAGCCUCAGGUCCCGGUCAGGAGCUGUGCUCAAGGAAAUAAAUAAGCAAACGGGACCUAUGAGGGCUGAAUUGCCUGCGGCAAUGAAAGUUAAGUUGGCCCCAAGCUCGGAGGUAGUAGAGCAGAUCUAUGAUCAGAUGAAGUCUGCCGCUGAUGCCCCUGUAUUGCUGGAUAAGCAGGGAGACGCGGCCGUUACAGAUGUUGAGAUGGCUGAUGGCUUGGAAGAUGAUAACCAAUCAGUGCAUUUGUUUGAAGAUAUUGAAUUAGUUCAUCACCUGAAGCCAACACGUAAGAGCUACGGCAAAGCCAAAAAGGUGGCGUUCCAAAACACAUCCGACAGUCCAUCCGAGAAUGAGGCUCGGGAUCAGUCAAGUGAUGAUGAAGACAAUCUUGAAGACCUUAGCUUCCAUCUGCCGCAGGUUAAGGCUAAGAAGGCUCCUAAGAAGAAAAAAUCUAAGAAACAGAUGCUGUCAAUGAAAGAGAAAGCUGAGGCGGAUGCCUGGGCAGCAUCAUUCAACUCGAUGUGCGAUGAUAUUGAAGAAUUUGACUUGGUGGUUGAGUAGAUCUGUAAAUAUAUCAAACAAAUCAUGGAACACUCAUAGAGCUCUUUAGUUUAGUGCAUGAACAAUGAAAGUGGGAUGAAAUUUCAUGGAGAAUGUAUCAUUUUCAUUGCUUUUGUACUAUUUUCAUGU